AUGCCAGUCGGCGCCCACUCUCAUGGCCACUCUCAUCGACAUUUGGUACACCGUGGCAGUGAGAAGCAGAGUGGCGUAUCUAGGGCGCUAUCACUUCGCGAGUCUUCUCUAACGGCUGGUGUCGGGGGCCAAGGCGACUAUACAUGCGGUCCUGAUCGACCGUGUUAUAACGGCGCAUGCUGUGGCGAAGGGGGUUGGUGUGGUUACAGUCCGAAGUAUUGCGGUACUGGUUGCCAGUCCAACUGUGAUGCCAAGGCUGAAUGCGGUGAAUAUGCGGCAACAGUCGGUGCAUCUUGUCCCCUGAAUGUGUGCUGUUCGGAGUUCGGCUUUUGUGGUACCACAUCAGAAUUCUGCAACGCUGGUUGUCAAUCCAACUGCAAGCAACCAAAACCGUCAGGGCCUCCUUCGAACGUCCAGAAAAGGGUUAUUGGUUAUUGGGAGGCAUGGAAUAUGCAGCAUCCUUGCGGUAACAUGAACAUUGGCCAAAUUCCAGUGAACAUGCUUACACAUCUCAACGUCGCUUUCGCGUACAUUAGCCAGGAUUUCGCCAUCACAAACAUGGAUGGAGUUUCAUUGGAGACAUACAGGAACAUUGGCAACCUCAAGUCAAGAAACCCUAAUCUGAAAAUCGUCAUCUCCCUUGGGGGCUGGGCAUUCAGCGACCCGGGGUCGUGGCGCAAUGUAUUUCCAACCAUGGUCUCUUCCAAAGAAAAUCGCGCUGCGUUCAUCCAAAAUUUGCUAGGCUUUCUUUCAGAGUACGGCUAUGACGGCGUUGGUGAGCCUAUUUGGGUAAGCAAGGCGAUUGCGGUGCCAGAUAUUGAUCCAUCCAAGGCUUUACUCAGUCUCUCGAGGCACAGAGAGGCAGAGUUGUGUGAUCAUGCUAACCGGUUGCCAGACUGGGAAUACCCUGGCGCUGAAGACCGUGGGGGUUCUAAGACCGACGCGAAUAACUAUGUGGCUCUUCUCACGGAGAUGCGAGAGGCUAUUAAUCGCAGUGGUCGGAGUUACAUUGUGACUUUCACGGCUCCAACUUCUUAUUGGUAUCUCCGUAACUUCGACAUCAAGGGUAUGGAGCCGUACGUGGACUGGAUUAAUGUCAUGUCAUAUGAUCUGCAUGGUGUCUGGGACAAAUCCAAUCCUAUUGGAAACCAUGUUCUCGCCCACACCAAUUUGACAGAGAUCAGCUUGGCAUUUGAUCUGGUUGGUUGCUCCCAGGCUAGAAAACCUGUUUAUAUAACCGGUAUUAACGUUGACUAG